GGCGGGACUGGACAGGACGCGCCCGCCCCGCCCCGCCAAAGAGGCCCCAGGGGCGAGCGGGAGGGGAGGAAGUGCCGAGGCGUGUUUAUCGGGCUUGGCGUUAUUCUUAAUUUUUAAAUGGUGAACACAAAAUAGUAACGACGAGUGAAAAGGACGUCAUAAACCGGGGAAAAGACCGGCCCGCAGACCCACGGCGCGCACCACGAAGGGGCUUCCCGCGUGAAGACGGGGACCUCCGUUCCCAAGUGCCAGCACUGCGCCAGAGGCCGGGUGGGGCGGGCCAUGAGAGUCUCUGGUUUGAGGUCCCCACGUUCGGACUUUGGGCCCACUGCGUGCGGCGUCGUGCUGGGCUCCAGGGACCGGUAGCGAGUCCCGUGACCCCCACCGCACCCCCAGUAGUCACAGGGCGGCCGGCGAGCGCGGGCAGGGGAGGGGGUCUGGGAAUGGCCCUGGAGAAGGUGGCAUUUCCUCAAGGUCGGUGGGAUUUGGCUACGCAAAGGGAACUGCGCGUACUAAACUUCAGGCGGGAACGCGCGGUGGCCCGGGACCUGCGGGUGGACGUGCUGGGAGAGGUCGGCAGGCCGCUUCCCAGGGCCGGGAGUUGGAAUUUCACGCCCUGCAGACCGGGGGCACCUCGCCCUGGGGCUGCGGGGGGCGGUCAGCGACCGUCCCAUUCAAGAGCGUGAUUCUGACGUUUGCGCAGAUACUUGGAGCCUGCAGAGCCUUCGCUGGCUCACGAGGUCCUUGCGAGGUGACCCCCGCGACCACCAGACCCAUUUCACAGAUGUGGUAGCGCUAUCCCCAAGUCCUCAACGGGGAAACCAAGAAACGUCUAGUUCAGGUCCUCAGAAAGCGCAGAGGUGGAGCCGCGGAGCACUCGGGCACUCCCCAGCGUGGGCACUCCGGGCAGGCGGGCCUUGGCCCGGGGCGCUCGGCAGCUUGGAACGGUGGGCCGGGUACCGGGCCUGCCACGCAGCCGCAGAGGCUCGGCCCCGCCGGCGGGCGGCAGGAAGGGAGGGGACGCCUCCUGGAGCGCGGCAGGAACCCGGCCCGGCCCGCCUCCCAGUCCGCCUAGCCGCGCCGGUCCCUGAAGUGAAAGCCGCGGCCAAGUCCAGGUCACACCGAAGCCAUUGCCCUUUUAAGGGGGAGCCUUGAAACGGCGCCCGGGUUCCAUGUUUGCAUCCGCCUCGCGGGGAGGAAACUCCAUGUUGUAACAAAGUUUCCUCCGCGCCCCCUCCCUCCCCCUCCCCCCUAGAACCUGGCUCCCCUCCCCUCCGAAGCUCGCGGGGAUCCCUCCCUCCCACCCCUCCCCUCCCCCCCGCGCCCCGAUUCCGGCCCCAGCCGGGGGGGAGGCCGGGCGCCCGGGCCAGAGUCCGGCCGGAGCGGAGCGCGCCCGGCCCCAUGGACAGCUCGGCCGUCAUUACUCAGAUCAGCAAGGAGGAGGCUCGGGGCCCAUUGCGGGGAAAAGCCACGUUCCCACAAACUUCGCGUCACGCGUGGUGGCGCCGAGCCCCUCGGAGGCACAGAGGACGGCCAGAACUUCCAACAGUCGCCUGGCGCCCGCGGGGACUCUUGUGCCUAGUGGGUGACCAGAGGUCAGCAGCUUCCCAGAAGCCCCGAAGCCGGGGCAUCCUCCACUCACUGUUCUGCUGCGUCUGCCGGGACGAUGGGGAGGCCCUGCCUGCCCAUAGCGGGUCGCCUCUGCUUGUGGAGGAGAAUGGUGCCAUCCCCAAGCAGACCCCAGUCCAGUACCUGCUCCCCGAGGCCAAGGCCCAGGACUCAGACAAGAUCUGCGUGGUCAUCGACCUGGAUGAGACCCUGGUGCACAGCUCCUUCAAGCCAGUGAACAACGCCGACUUCAUCAUCCCUGUGGAGAUUGAUGGGGUGGUCCACCAGGUCUACGUGCUGAAGCGGCCUCACGUGGAUGAGUUCCUGCAGCGAAUGGGCGAGCUCUUCGAAUGUGUGCUGUUCACUGCCAGCCUCGCCAAGUAUGCAGACCCAGUAGCUGACCUGCUGGACAAGUGGGGGGCUUUCCGCGCCCGGCUGUUUCGAGAGUCCUGUGUCUUCCACCGGGGGAACUACGUGAAGGACCUGAGCCGGCUGGGCAGAGACCUGCGGCGGGUACUCAUCCUGGACAACUCGCCCGCCUCCUACGUCUUCCAUCCGGACAAUGCCGUACCGGUGGCAUCGUGGUUUGACAACAUGAGUGACACAGAGCUCCACGACCUCCUCCCUUUCUUUGAGCAACUCAGCCGCGUGGACGACGUAUACUCAGUGCUCAGGCAGCCUCGGCCAGGGAGCUAGUGAGGGUGAUGGGGCCAGGACCUGCCCCUGACCGACGACACCCACACCUCCUACCAGGAAGACUGCCCAGGCCUUUGUUAGGAAAACCCACGGGCCGCCGCCACACUCAGUGCCAUGGGGAAGUGGGUGUCUCCCCCACUAGCCCCGCCAGGUGGCAUAGGGACAGCAGGCUGCACUGAGGACCAUGAGCCGGGGGCCCCCUUCAGUGCCUUUGAACCUCCUCCCCCCUUCUCAGGGGACCUCGGGGGCCCUGCCUGCUGCUCCCUUUUUCUGUCUCCUCUGUCCAUGCUGCCAUGCUUCUCUGCUGCCAAAUUGGGCCCCUUGGCCCCUUCCAGUUCUGCUUCCUGGGGGCAGGGUUACUGCCUUGGGCCCCCAGUCUGGGAACGGUGGACAUCAAGUGCCUUGCAUAGAGCUCCCUCUUCCCCACCCAGCUUUCCCAGGGGCACAGCUCUAGGCUGGGAGGGGAGAACCAGUGCCUCCCCCUGCCCCACCUCCUCCCUUGGGAGAGGGCCCCCACCAACCUCUGCCUUUGCUUGGGAGGGAGAAGAGGUCUGUUAGCACUGGGAAAGGAAGCGGGAAUCUGUCCUUCAGGACCCAGAGGGCAGCUUCUCCAGGGCUGACAGCUGAGGGCUGCUCCCCGAAUCACCCAAGCUACCACCUCAGACUCGGCCUUAACCAGCCCUGGGGCUUGGCUCCCCCAGCUCCUGAGUGUGGGGGCAAAGGCAAGACCCUCUUGUGGUGCCAUAUAAAUAUGUAUAUGUGUAUAUAGAAUUUUAGGGGAGGGAGAGAGGGAAGGGUCAGGGUAGAGACACCCCUCCCUUGCCCCUUUCCUGGGCCCAGAAGUUGGGGGGAGGGAGGGAAAGGAUUUUUACAUUUUUUAAACUGCUAUUUUCUGAAUGGAACAAGCUGGGCCAAGGAGCUCCAGGCCCUGUCCUCUGCCUCUCACACCCCUUUGCUCCGUUCAUUCAUUCAAAAAAACAUUUCUUGAGCACCUUCUGUGCCCAGCAUAUGCUAGGCCCACCAGCUAAGUGUGUGUGUGGGGUCUCUAUGCCAGCUCAUCAGUGCCUCCUCACCCACCCAACUUCACUGGUGCCUUUGGGGGAUCUGUAGGAGGUGGGAUCUUUUGUGGGGUUUGGGGAUCUCCAGGAAGCCCGGCCAAGCUGUCCCCCUCCCCUGUGCCAACCCAUCCUCUACAGCCCCCUGCCUGAUCCCCUGCUGGCUGGGGGCCGCUGCGGGGAUAUCCUGCCUUCCAACUCCGUUUCUGAAGCCCCUCCUAACAAGGCGAUUCCGGAGGUCGAGGCCUUGGGCUCUCCCCGAGGUCUAAAGGUUAAGGGGACCCACAUACCAGUGCCAAGGGGGAUGUCAAGUGGUGGUUUCGUGGUGCCUCCCUCCCGUAGAGUUGGGGGGCGAAUACGGUUGGUCUGCGUCAGGUGGCUUCCCCAUUUAAGUGCCUUCUCUGUGGCUGAGCGCCCUAGUGUGAUGAGAACUAAAGAGAAAGCCAGACCCC